AUGAUUCUAUCAAAGCUAGAAGCAUUGAUCGAGUUAUUUUUACUUUUUUUGCGACUAGGGUGCGGUUCGUUUGCAAAUUUCGUAGUAGCAUUCGCUAUUGGGCAAAUUAUAAGUAAACAAGGAGUAACGAUGCGAUUGAAAAUUCCUGAAACUUUUCCUAAGUCUCUGCUAAUGACAUUGUAUUUUGUCUCUGCGGGACGUUUCAGCAUUGAUACUUUAAUGAAAGAAAAUUAUGGAUUUAAAUGUAAUCGCUGA